GCCGGGCCGAGCUCCCCGCCACACCCCGCACCGCACCGCGGGUUGCCCAGUUCGGCUUGCGGCGGGUGUGCAGCGCAGCAGGAUGGCUCCGACGCUGCUGGAGCUGGCACACUGGAGCACCUGGGCCGUGUGCGCCGUGAUCAAGCUGCCGCAGCUGGCAGCCGUGCUGGCGGCAGGGUCGGCGCGGGGGGUUAGCACGGGCAGCCUGCUGCUGGAGCUGGCCGGCUUCCUUGUGUUUCUGAGGUACCAGAUCUAUUAUGGUUACCCCCUGCAGACAUACCUGGAAUAUCCCAUCAUCAUUGCACAAGAUGUCAUUCUCCUUUUGUUUAUUUUGCAUUACAAUGGAAACAAGAAACAAGCUUUGUUCUAUGCAGUCAUAUUCUGGGGGGGCUGGUACAUGAUAACCCUGCGGAAGUGGAUAAUAGACCUGGCCUUGAAUUUGUGUACAUUCAUCAGUGCAGCCAGUAAGCUGGCUCAGCUGCAGUGUCUUUGGCAGACAAAAGAUUCUGGACAAGUCAGUGCCUUGACCUGGAGUAUGUCUGCAUAUACCUGCGCAACAAGGAUAUUUACAACCAUAAUGACUACAAAUGAUCUCGGGGUUCUCAUCCGUUUCAUAACCAUGCUCAUUCUCAAUAUUUGGGUCACAGCCACAAUCCUGCGCUACAGGAAGACUAAAAAGACUGAUUAGAAGACACUCCUCAGCACAUACCACAGUUACCAUCAAAACCCUUGACACAAUUAAGGUUAAACAACAGAAGAAAGGUCGAGGAAGCUCCCUCUCUCUCUUAAGCCUGAUAUUCAUCCCUAAGCGUACUCAGUACAGUCAUGCUUGUUUUCUCUUAGAAAUAAUUCUGCUAAGAUACUUAAUUUAAGCAGCAUACUUUUAUUCGUCAUUUAAGACAAGCUUCACUGGUAUCACAUUUACUGUGGGAUUUUUUUCUAAAUGAACAAGGUAUUUGAUAUUUAGAUGUUUAUAUAUUCUUGUAUCACUUCAGUACUCCCUGGUUACAUAUAAGCAAUUUUCUUCAAUUUUGCACCAACAUAGCAACUCAUCUUUCUUCAUCUGCUGGGAGUAUGAAAAACAACAGAUGUUUGUCUUCCUGCAAGCAGCUCACUUAGUUCAGCAUUAACUAUCUGUAUUUUAGGAUGAAGAAAACUAAAGUCAAGGCCAAAUCCAAAAUCAAGUUCUAAAUGUGUUGUGCUAAGUCACAAAUCCAGCUGGGACUGUUGUGCUUAUAUGAAACAAAUAGCACAGUUUGUACAGCUGACACAGGAUACCUAGUCAUUUUCCUCAAUACACCCAGUUUUGAUUAGGGUAAGAGUAAAACCUGAGCUCUGAAUUCUAAUUUUUCAACCUCUCAUUCACUGAAUAUACUGUUUUGGGAACAGCAGAGACUAGAGUGUGUAGUAAAUAAUGAAACUUUAAACAACAGUGUUAAAAACUGCAUUAAGGCAGGAAUUCCUGAACCAAUACCUAGGCUCCCUAAAUGCAGUCCCUAUGGAGAGUGGCCUAGCCGCACGUGCACUUUUAGGUGUGCAGCAUUGAUUCCUCCCUAGUGGUUGACAGUUAAGAUACUGCUCUGUGCUCUGUUUUUAGCCUGUCUGUGCUAAGUUUGCUGAAGAACGUACAGGCUUCACUUAAAUUUUUACUCUGCAGAUGCUAAUCAAUAUGCAUACUGGCACAGGCUGCUCAGAGAGGUGAUGGAUGUGAGUGCCUUCAUCCCUGGACACAUUCAAAGCCAGGCCAGAUGUGGUUCCAGGCAACCUGAUCUAGUUGAAGAUGUCCCUGCUCAUUGCUGAGGGGUGGACUAGAUGACCUUUGAAGGUCCCUUCCAACCCAAACUAUUCUAUGAUUCUAUGAUAUUUAUAAAGGUAAAAAGAAAACCCUGAGAACUAUUAACAGAUUUUGCUUUCGGAAGUAAUGCCUUUCCAGUCAAAACUCCAAACAAUUUGACUGUUUGGAGAACAAUCAAAAUUCAUUUUCCAAAAUGAAAAGAUAGGCAUUUCAAGAGUUCUUACACUAUUAUUGAUGAUUGACAGGUUAAAAUCAUGGCACCCUUGAUCCUGACACCCUUGAUAACUAGUGACAGACUGCACUGAUGUCGCUUGAGGCAGGUUUUCCUUGCAAGACCCUGAAUCACAGGACUCUUGUGGAAGAAGGGAAUCUCCCCUGCAACAGCAAAAGUAGCUGUUUGUGCCAGAGCACACUCCACAGUCAGACCAAAACCUCACCAUCAGAGAGCACAGCUGCUCUGUAAGGUGGUGGGAAGAGAUGUGUCUGCGGACAUGAUUUCACGUAUCUCACAUUCUUGAGAGCAAGCUCAAAGAGGAACAUUUUUCACUGCUCCAGUAAAAUGUAUGAAUGCUUCUAUGUUGGUUGAGAGAGUAACUGCAAAUAUCCUGUUACUGAUUCUAGUAAAGCUGUGUAAGGUAUCUGAAGUGGUCUAAAUGGUGGCAGGUGGCAUGUGAUGUAUUUUCCAGGUCUUGUUAAUAAAUGCUAUUCUUCAUGACUGAUCAAUGUAA